GGGCGGGACGUCUGGAGCCGGGGGCUCACAACUCCCCCUUCCCCCCCGACUCCGACCUCCCGGCGGCGGAGCGCAUGCGCGGUGCCUCCCCGUGAGGGAGGAGAGAAGAUGGCGGAAGCGGAUACAUCAUGUACUAGUAUAAAUGAACUGCUUGAAUUUCCUGCCAGACUGAAAGAACAUUGCACUGCUAUGGAGAAUGAAUCCAAUGCAACAACAUGUUCCGCAUGUACAACUACCAUCACCACCACCUCCUCCUCUCGGACACAACCACCACAGAUAUCUGUCUACAGUGGCUCCGACCGACAUGCUGUACAGGUUAUUCAACAGGCCUUGCAUCGUCCCCCUAGCUCAGCUGCUCAGUAUCUUCAGCAGAUGUAUGCAGCCCAACAGCAGCAUUUAAUGCUGCAGACUGCUGCUCUACAACAGCAGCACUUAAGCAGUACCCAGUUUCAGAGUCUGGCAGCUGUUCCACAGGUUACCAGCAUCCCCAACCUUUCGGAUGACAGGAUCCAACUUUCACAGGCUGAAAGGGCAAGCCUGUCGGGUGGAAGGCAGUGUGCAUCACCUACUGGGAGCGUCACUCAGCAGUCAAGCAUGUCACAGACCUCGAUUAACCUUUCCACCUCUCCUACACCUCCACAAUUAAUAAGCCGUUCACAGACCUCCAACACUACUAGCAGCAGUAUAACCCAACAGACUAUGUUGCUGGGGAGCACUUCUCCUACGCUGAGUGCAAGCCAGGCUCAAAUGUACCUCCGAGCACAAAUGCUGAUUUUUACUCCUGCUACCACUGUGGCUGCUGUCCAGUCUGAUAUUCCUGUUGUCUCAUCAUCUUCCUCCUCUUCCUGUCAGUCUGCAGCUACUCAGGUUCAGAACUUAACAUUGCGCAGUCAGAAAUUGGGCGUAUUGUGUAGUUCACAGACUGGCCCACCAAAGAGCAGUAGUCCAGCUCAGUCAUUGGCUCUGUGUACUAAUAAAACUGUAACUGGUACCAAGGCCAGCCAACUGGAUUCUCCAGACAGCAACAGAAAAGGAGAGAGCCCAACUUCUGAGUGUCGAAGUACAUCUGUCACACGGACAUCAAGUAUACAUCAACUAAUAACACCAGCUUCAUAUUCUGCAAUUCAACCUCAUUCUCUAAUAAAACAUCAGCAGAUACCUCUUCAUUCGCCACCUCCAAAGAUUUCCCAUCAUCAGCUAAUAUUACAACAGCAGCAAGUUCAGCCAAUCACACUUCAGACUCCUCCCAAUCAGGAACCACCUCCAUCACAGCACUAUAUUCCACUCCAAAGCCAUGGUCUUCCUCCAGUUCCCAAUAGUGUCCAGUCACAACACUGCUCACCUGUUCAUAUACAUCCUCCUCCUUUAACAAUAUCUCCUACUCCGUCCCAGUCAGCUCAGCAGUCAGUAGUGGUGUCUCCUACACCUGCACACUCACCUAGUCAGUCACCCACCAUAAUUAUUCAUCCACAAGCACUUAUUCAGUCACAACCACAUCCUCUUAUGCCAUCAGCUCUACAGUCAGAGCAGAACCCACAGCAGCCCACUACUAGUCCAGUACGACCAGUAGCACAACAUCUUAAUCUUCCAUCCCACCUUACAGUUCCACCUUCCCCAGUAGUACACAUUGGGCCAGUAGAUCAGCCGAACUUGAUGUCCCCAGACCAGCAGAUAGUGUCUCCAACACCACACCAGCAAUAUCCAACCUUACAAUCCGUGCCAAUCCCAGUUGCAACCCCUCCACAUCUGUCAACAUCUCCAACCCAGAUUCAACAACUGCCCUUGCAGUCUGUGCAAUCUUUACAAAUGCAGCCUGAAAUUCUAUCCCAAGGCCAGGUUUUGGUGCAAAAUACUUUGGUUUCUGAGGAGGAGCUUCCUGCUGCAGAAGCUUUGGUCCAGCUGCCAUUUCAGACUCUUCCACCACCACAGACUGUUGCAGUAAACCUUCAAGUACAACCAUCGGUACCUGUUGAAACCCCUGUGAUUUACCAAAUGGAGAAUGUGUGUGAGGAAGAGAUGCCAGAGGAGUCCGAAUGCGUCCAUAUGGUUAGAACCCCUACCCCACCAACCUUGUCUCCACCAGUCAUAACCUUAGGGAAUGGCGAGGAGCCUUUGUCAGAACAAGUGGGACUUCCUGCAAUGGCAUCAUCAGUCAGUGCCUCAGUAAUUAAAUCUCCAUCAGACCCUUCACAUGCCUCUAUUCCACCACCUCCUCUUUUGCUUCCAGCAGCUGCCACAAGGAGUAACAUCACAUCAAUGCCUAAUAGCAUUCCUAGCCUAGAAAACAAACCUCCACAGGCUAUUGUUAAACCACAGAUCCUGACCCAUGUUAUUGAGGGCUUUGUGAUUCAGGAGGGUUUAGAGCCAUUUCCUGUAAGUCGUUCAUCUCUGCUGGUUGAGCAACCUGCGAAAAAAAGGCUCCUAAUGGAGGGUCAGGUCAUGAGUGUUGUGUGUGUUGAGUCAGAGCUGCAGAACAAUACAAAACAUGCAGAGAACUCCUCAGACACAGAGAUAGAGGACAUAAUUACAGAAGAGGGACUAGAUGAAAUGGAAAAUGAUCUCCUGAAGUGUGAGUUUUGUGGAAAAAUGGGAUAUGCUAAUAAGUUCCUACGGUCAAAGCGAUUCUGCUCCAUGUCCUGUGCCAAAAGGCACAACAUAAGUUGCACUAAAAAAUUUGGGCUGUUUACAUCAGACAAGAACAGUCGUUGGAAUCGGAAGUCAGAUAGCCAAAGUCUUGGACGAUGUGUGCGUCGACCAAGUGGCUCUGAUGGGGCAUCACGAGAGCAUUUCCUUAGACAGCUUCCAGUUACUUAUCCAUCUGCAGAAGAUGAUUUGGCUUCUCAUGAUGAUGCUGUGCCAGCUGCCAUGACCACUCGUCUGCGAAGACAAAGUGAGAGGGAAAGAGAGCGUGAACUUAGGGAACUAAAAGUUAGAAAACUGCCAGAGAACGUUGACUUGCUACCAUCUGUACAAGCUGAUCCAUCAAUGUGGACAGUUGAUGAAGUUUGGGCCUUCAUACGUUCUUUGCCUGCACAACCGGGUUUCCCCUCCAAGCCCCAUGUCGAUAGAACUAGUCCCACCUCUGCUGUGGCAUCCCAGCUGAUGGAGAGUAAAGGUGUUCCUCCCUUCAGUCUGAUUUCUCUCAAGAGGUUGUCAAGAUAUUGCAGAUGAAUUUAGAGCACAAGAGAUCGAUGGACAGGCCCUUCUCUUGUUGAAAGAGGAUCACCUUAUGAGUGCAAUGAACAUUAAGCUUGGACCUGCACUGAAAAUUUGUGCACGCAUCAACUCAUUGAAGGAAUCCUAAUGGGAAGCUUUAGACAGUAGCUUCUCUCUAACAGACUGAUACAUACUAUGGCAUACCUAUUACUGUGAUGUUUUGCUAAAUAUCUUUUUUUCCCACAUAAUGACUUUAAAAUUUACUCCUCCAGCCGUAUCAUAUAAUCCUCCAAAACUUCCAGUAAUUAGCAAAUUUAUAAGCAAUGCUUGUGAAUUGUUAGAAGAAAGCAGAGGGUGAGGUAGGAUGAGUGUCUUAUAUAAAACUUAAUAUGUUGUGGUAGAUUAUACUAGUCCCCCCCCCCCCCCACCAGAAAAAAACAAACACCCAAAACCAUGGUCUAUAUCAUACAAG